AACAAACAAGGAAGUUUCUCUAGGAUUCCCAAAUUACAGCCAAAAUUAGAAGGGAGAAAAAAAAACCGAUGUCCAAAAUCGCAGUUUCUAUCUUCCUCUGAAAAUUUUAUGCAAUUUGAAAGUGAAAAUCAAGGGUUUCCAUCUGUUCUUAGAAAGGAAUAAGUUGGAGAUCAUAAAGGAACUACAAGGUUUCGAUUAGAAAUUUAUAUAGACCAACAUUGCGUGCCUCACUUUUUGAUCAAUGGGUGAUGAACUACUAAAUUUCUGGGGCCCAGUCACAUCCUCUAUUGACUGGUGUGAGAACAAUUAUGUUUGUUCAUCUUAUAUUGCAGAGUUUUACAACACAAUAUCAAAUAUACCAACCAUCAUGUUGGCGGUCAUUGGCCUCAUAAUUGCCUUAAGUCAGGGUUUUGAGAAGAGAUUUACCGUUCUUCACCUUUCAAAUAUGAUACUUGCAAUGGGGAGCAUAUUGUUCCAUGGGACACUGCAACGUGUGCAGCAGCAAAGUGAUGAAACUCCAAUGGUAUGGGAAAUGCUCCUUUAUAUCUACAUCCUGUAUUCACCUGAUUGGCACUACCGAAGCACAAUGCCCACGUUCCUCUUCCUCUAUGGUGUUAUCUUUGCCGUUGUCCAUUCCCUAUUUCAUUUCAAGAUAAGUUUUAAAGCUCAUUAUGCGGUUCUUUGUCUCCUUUGCAUCCCUCGGAUGUACAAAUACUACAUCCACACAGAGGAUCUUGCAGCCAAGCGUAUUGCAAAGCUUUAUGUAGUCACUUUAUUCCUUGCGAGCCUUUGUUGGCUUUGUGACCGUGUUUUCUGCGAGAAUGUAUCUAAUUGGCCCAUUAAUCCACAAGGACAUGCUUUGUGGCACGUGUUCAUGGGCUUUAACUCCUACUUUGCAAAUGCAUUUCUCAUGUUUUGUCGUGCUCAGCAGCGGGGAUGGGAACCAAAGAUUGUACAUUUCUUGGGUCUUGUCCCCUAUGUCAAGAUCCAGAAACCUAAAUCUCAAUGAGUCAAGACACGAUCAUACAAAGCUGGUUGAACCACUUCUUUCUUGUGCUCCGCAAGAACUCCCGCAGUUUAAGGGGCCUCGUUGCAUACUAUGGAAUUGCUGACAAUAGCCUGUUCUGAAGUACGUGUUGCAGCGAAACUAUACCAUUAACCAUAUGACAAUUGUAGAUGGUUGGUUACAGGCAAUUUUGGAAUAGAAAGUAUUUCCACAUUGUUUUGUUCUUGUAUUUAGGGUCUAGAUUUCACGAAACUAUGGUAAGUUUUAUUGUUAGAACUCAAAAGUAUAGGAUAUACAGUUCUUCACUAUGUUUAUGUCGUUUUAUCUGAUAGAACAUGUUAAUUUCUCGAUUCACUUCUCAGCUUAUUGUUAUCCAGAUCCGGAAACUUCUUGCCUAUGCAAGCUUGGUGAUUUCUUUUAAUUUAUAUAUAAAUACAGAUGCUAAUUCAUCUACUA